CUACCACUCACCGCACGGAUAUAAAGUUAUAAGCAGGAGAACGAAGUAACGAAUACUCAACUCUUCUUCCGAAACCUCUGGAGACUUCGAGUAAAGUGACUCUCUCUCCUCUCUCCUCUCUCCUCUCUCCUCUCUCCUCCCCAAGGGGUCGCCUGAGAUCACACAGAAGAUGGGGAAGGCUGUUGCUGUUCUUCAAAGCAAUGAGGGUGUUAAAGGCACAAUCUACUUCACCCAAGAAGGACAUGGUCCCACAACUGUAACUGGAAGCAUCUCGGGCCUCAAGCCCGGGCUUCAUGGUUUCCAUGUUCAUGCACUCGGUGACACGACAAAUGGAUGCAUGUCAACUGGCCCACAUUUUAAUCCUACUGGGAAAGAACAUGGGGCGCCAGAAGAUGAGAAUAGACAUGCUGGUGAUCUUGGAAAUGUGACAGCCGGAGAAGAUGGUACUGCUAAUGUUAAUAUUGUCGACAACCAGAUUCCCCUUACUGGACCAAAUUCCAUCAUUGGCCGAGCUGUUGUUGUCCAUGCCGACCCUGAUGAUCUUGGAAAGGGUGGACACGAGCUUAGCAAGACCACUGGAAAUGCUGGUGGAAGAGUUGCUUGUGGCAUUAUCGGACUGCAGGGGUAAGAUAAUAUGGAAUCGAAAUUACCUCCUACCUGGGUCACUGUCCGGAGUUUUCAUAGUUUUCGGAAUAAAUAAUCCUUGUGGUAGUUUCUGUUUCUCUGGUGUUAUUUAGACACAUGAUACACAGUAUUAUAUGUUGUUUUAUAUUGGCUUCUCUUACUUUCGCUCUAGUAGUCUAAAAUAUGAACUCCUGAUCUGUUAGCUUGUGUGAUAGAAGCUGGUUUAGCGAAUUUCGGUUUAUAAAAUGCUGUGCUUAACUGA